AUGGAGACCACUUUGGCCAAAGCUCUCUUCGACAACACAGCUGAAAGCCCAGAUGAGCUGGCUUUUCACAAAGGCGACGUUGUUACGGUUCUAGAGCGGACCGUGGAGGGCAGCGAGGGCUGGUGGAGGUGCUCCUUUGACGGCCGGGAGGGCCUGGCUCCGGCCAAUCGGCUGCGGCUGCUCUCGAAGGUCGAGACUGGAAGACUUGCUCUCAGUAACCAGAACAUUUACGAAACCCCCAAGGUACAACAGACUUUAGAGAGCGGCCAAAUUUAUGAGGUCAUGAACCGGUUCUGUAAGGUGCCAUCUACACAACAGGCAAACACACUGGAGAAAAGCAAUACCUCAAAAAGGCAUUCUCCACGACCUAUGGAGCGAAAACCGUCCCUGAUGUUGCCUGCUGACCUUCAGAAAUUUGAAAUGUUGAAGAGCAAGCGCACCCCACAUCAAAGUAACGUCUACAAUGUACCAACGUUAGCUUCAAGUGAUCCGAAUUACGAUAUCCCUUCGCCUUCCACCACCAAGCUUUGCCAAAAGCUUUCUAGUGGCUACAGUACUAUGCCCAUUCCACGCAAGUCUGAAUGGAUAUAUGAUAUUCCCACGGUACCAGAAAUUCCCACCAACAAACCUGACCAACAACCCUACUGCACUCUGCCAUCUAAAGGUGUUAAUUCGGACAACCAUAUCUAUGAUACCAUUCCAGCACGUGUUUGGUCUACAGCAACCACCACGUCUCUCUACGAUAUCCCACAAUGUAGUGUGACAGCGCAACAAAAGACAAACACCAUCAAACCAAAUGCUGAAAGCAUCUAUGAUGUACCACCUUGUAGACAACCCAUGCCAAUACAGCAAACUGUAAACCUGUCCGAAUCAGAAAAGGCUGUAGAACCUUUGGAAUACCGGGGUAAGCAUGGACUAAGACCUGAUUAUCCUCGUGGGCGUCCGUCGUGGACCAGGAACAGACAACUACGUGACAGAGAGGCCACCAUCAUCGAGAAUGAAGUGGAGAAGUUUAGAGGUUUGUCGGUCGCCGGCAGCCAACGGAUUUCCACCGUGUCCACCUCCUCCAGCUCCUCCGGCUCUUCCAGAAGCUCCUGCGACUCCAUGAUGUUAAGCUCGCCUUCUCCGGAGCCGCUAAAAGAGAUCACGCUCUCCCAGGAGGAAGCGACGCAACGUCUUUUGGAACUCCAGGAGGCAGUGUGUCGGGCCGUGCCCAAGCUCAUGGAAUUCGUGAGCAGUCGCUGGAGGAGCCGGGAACACCUGGGCAAGCAUCUCCAGGAGAUUCGAGCAGCCUCUGAGGACGUAGCACACUCUGUCACCGGCUUUCUUAACUUCGCUCUGGAUGUCAGAGGCAAUGCUCAGCGGCUGACCGACUCCAAUUUGCAGUCCAGGCUUCAGAAGCAGCUCUCCACUGUUGAGGAUUCAGGACUGAUACUACAGAAAUCUGUGGAUGAUCUGGGUUGCUUGGGCUGGCCUCUGGAUGUUCUGGCUCAGGAUCUCAAGCAGCCACAGACUCCAGAUCAGCUGGAGCGCUUUGUCACCGUGGCUCGGAUGAUACCUGAAGAUGUGAAGCGGCUGGUGUCCAUCGUCAAUGCUAACAGCAAGCUUCUGUUUAAAAACACAUCAAAAGAGCCGGAGUCGCUAAAGAGCGCCAGUCCGCCAGAUGUGAGGAAAAGCCUUGGAAGGAAUAAUUUGCCAAAGGAUAAGGACGGAGAUUACGAUUACGUACAGCUUCAGACUUUACCAGAGUUUGAACAGCAACAACAGAGGAAAGCAAAAGACAGAAAAGAAGACACUGAAAAACAAGCAUUGAUCUCAGGUUCUCAGACUUUACCAUGCUUUGGAAAGCAACAACUGAAGAAAGCAAAAGACAGCAUAAAACUGGACAAAAAAGAUGACAACGCUGAAAAACAGACUUUACCAGUGUUUGGAAAGCAACAACAGAAGGAGGAAAAAGACACAGUAAAACCGGAAAAGAAAGAAGAUCCUGAGAAACAGGAUGCCAAACCAGAGACUACCAGUCCUGCCUGCAGCAAGUCCCACAUCUCAGACCACUGCCGCUUGUACUUCGGAGCCAUUAAAAAAGCCAUCAGCGUGUACGUGAACAGUCUGGAAGAGGGGCAGCCACCUGAAAACUUUAUAUCUCACAGUAAGCUGGUGAUCAUGGUCGGCCAAAGACUCAUAAACACGCUUUGUACCGAAGCCCAGAGGAGGCAGGACGGACAGGAACUUUUGUGCAAGAGCAACCACCUCUGUGCCCUGCUCAAGCAACUGGCUGUGGCCACUAAGAAAGCAGCGUUGCACUUUCCUGAUAAAGGUGCUGUCCAGGAAGCUCAGGACUUUGCCAAGGAACUGGCUCAGAAGGCGCAACAUUUUCGCAUGUCUCUGGAAGUUUGA